AUGGAAGAUAUUUUAAAUAUAAUUCCGUAUAAUAAUCGCUAUACAAAGUCAUAUUUAUCUCUUGCCAAACUCAUAUCUGAUGAUUACCAUGUGGAAGAGGCCUACGAAGCGAAAUCUAUUUCAAACUUCCUGUUUUAUAAAGAAUAUGGAUAUAAAUUAGACAAUUCUAUUACUUACGGAAGACUUGACUCAGAAAAUUUAGACAUUCAUACAGAAAAUACGAUUUACAGAGCAAUUAUGUAUAAUGACUUAGAAAGAUUCAUAUCAUUCACAGAGAUAGAAGAUUUUGAUAAAGAUCAAACACUUAACAGUAGUUUAUAUCCAGAUUCUUACGAAGGAUAUUCAUUACUUGAAUUAUGUUGUUACCAUGGAGCAGUUGAUUGUUUCAAAUUCUUAAGAACGAAAUUCAGCUCAGAAAUAACAGAAACAUGUCUUAGAUUUUCAUUUUUAGGAGGAAAUCAUGAAAUCAUGAGUGAAUGUUUGAAAUAUCAAACACCAAAUGAAAAAUGCAUGGAAUAUGCAAUUAUUUCACACAACAUAGAUUUUGUUACAUUCUUGAUGAAUGAAUAUAAUUUAGAGAUUGAUUUAGAUUAUUGUGGAUGGUAUUGUAAUCUAGAAUCAUUUUUCGUAUAUUUCGAUCAAACUAAUGAUAUUGACGAAUGCUUUAUUAAUUCGGCGAUGUUUAAUAUUCCAUCUCUUUGUGAAUAUUUCCUAUCAAAUGGUAUAAAUAUCAAUGAAAAAGAUAAUAGUGGGAAAACCGCCCUUCAUAAUGCAGCACGUUAUAAUUGUAAAGAAACAGCCGAACUUCUUAUUUCACAUGGUGCAAAUAUCAAUGAAAAAGAUCAAGAAGGAGAAACUGCUCUUCAUAUUGCAGUAAAAUAUAAUUGUAAAGAAAUGGCCGAACUUCUUAUUUCACAUGGUAUCAAUAUCAAUGAAAAAGAUAUUAACGGACAAAAUGCUCUUCAUUGUGCAGCAUGGAAUAAUAGAAAAGAAACAGCCGAACUUCUUAUUUCACAUGGUAUAAAUAUCAAUGAAAAAGAUAAUAAUGGAAAAACCGCUCUUCAUUGUGCAGCAUGGAAUAAUAGAAAAGAAACAGCCGAACUUCUUAUUUCACAUGGUAUAAAUAUUAAUGAAAAAGAUAAUAAUGGAAAAACUGCUCUUCAUUAUGCAGCAUGGAAUAAUAGAAAAGAAACAGCCGAACUUCUUAUUUCACAUGGUAUCAAUAUCAAUGAAAAAGAUAAUAAUGGGAAAACCGCUCUUGAUAUUGCAACAAGUAAUAUUAAAUCUCUUAUUUCACAUAGUGUAAAUAUUAAUGAACAAAAUAUUGAUCAUUAA